AAAAUUACAUUUUAUUAUAUUUUAUAUGUUUACACAACAUUAUUAGUUUACUUAUUAUUACCAACAAUACCAUUGAUAAUUGAUUUUAUUACAUCCUCUAAUCAUUCUCAAAAAAGAAACUUUCUAUUUGAACUUGAUUAUGGUAUGGACAAACAACAAUAUUUUUAUUAUAUAUCUAUACAUUCGUACAUUGGAACAGCUAUAGUCGCGAAUUUAAUUGCUUCUUGUGAUACUAUGUAUAUGCUAUAUGCUCAACAUGCCUAUGCUUUAUUUGCAAUUGUAAGUUAUGAAUUAAAAACUAUACAUAUUUUGAAUACAAAUAAUUUGAUAAAUGUCACAGAUCAUCAUUUACUCGAAAAAUAUAAAAAUAUUACAUUAUUAUCAAAAGAUGAGAAGAAAGUUUACAGAAAAUUGUUCAUUUGCAUAAAAAAUCAUCAAAAUGCAAUAAAAUAUUCAAAUCUUCUUGAAUCACUAUUUACUAAAUCCAUACUUGUUCAAUUAUUCUUUAAUGUUCUUUGUCUUAGUAUUACAGGAGUUGAAACUGUAAUAAAAUUAGGUAAUUUAAGUGAAAUGAUGAGAUUUGGAUCAUUUACAUUUGCACAAGCUGUUCACAUAUUUUUUCUUUGUCUUCCUGGGCAAAGAUUAUUGAAUCAUAGUGAAGAACUGCAUGUUUCAGCGUGCGAAGUAACCUGGUAUAUUUUUCCUAAAAAAUAUCAGAAUUUAUAUAAAUUUUUACUUGCAAGAUCUUUGAUAUUUAGUAAAUUGACAGCUUUUAAAGUGACAACCUUGUCUAUGCAAACAUUUUUAGCAAUUAUUCAAACUGCAAUGAGUUAUUUUACUGUGUUGUUAUCAACUACAUGAAUUUGAAUGAAUCAUUAAUAUGUAUCUUAGUUAUAUAUUCAAUAGAAACUAUUAAUACAA